AUGCAGAUGACAGUGUACAAGGUCAUUGUCCACCCAGACUUCGACAAGCACCAUUUUUUAGGGAGUGACAUCACCUUGAUGCAGCUGCACCAGCCUGUGAAGUUCAGCUCCCACAUUCUACCUGCCUGUCUCCCAGAGAGCUCCACAAAGCCGGACUCUACAACAACAUGCUGGAUAAGUGGCUGGGGGAUGAUAACUGAAGAAAAAUUCCUGCCACCUCCCAUGCAACUUCAGGAGGCAGAGCUCAAGCUUGUACCCAGUGAUGUCUGUGACUCCUUUUACAGACCUCCCAACCCUGCUGACGCUGGCCCCAAACCUCCUGGUGUACACGAGGACGCAUUGUGUGCUGGGGACUAUAUAAAUGAAAGGUCCAUCUGCCGAGGAGAUUCUGGGGGUCCCUUUGUCUGCCCACUGGAAGGUGUUUGGUACCUGUUUGGACUGACAAGUUGGAGCCACAUAUGUCAAUCCCCUGUUGGUCCCAGUGUCUUCACCAAUCUCAGCUACUUUGCCGGCUGGAUUAAGAAGCACAAGAAGGAGAAUCCUGCGCCCGAUCCUGGAAAGGCUCCUCCUGUAGAAAAAGCACCUGCUCUGUCCACUGAUGUAUCUAGUGAAACUGUCCUGAAGCCCAGGAUGACUGUGCUGCUGUCUGCUCAGUUCCUCCUGCUGUGGCUGAGUUUGGUCAGUGCUCAGUGACAGGCUCCCAGCAUGUCCACGCCCAGCUUUCCUCCACAAGGCCCCUGGCUGAGCUCUGCACUGUCCUUCCAUGCUUCCAUCUCUGGGCUGUCCUGUCCAUCUAAGGCCCAGGCCUGAUGAAAUAAAAACAA